CGGGUGGCCUGCCCUGGUGUGGUCCUUCGGGCCCGGGGUCGGCCCUCGGGAAGCCCCUGCGAGCCCUCGCUGCUUGCAGUGCCCCGGGUUGAGCCUCGAGCGCGUCGUGUGGCCCGCCUGGGCAGGAGCUGCGGGGCUGCUGACUCACGGGCCUCCUCUGGCUCCCCGUCACUGUCGCUGGACAGUCCCUGGAAACCUGUCGCGACAGAGCCUCCAAGAAGGCUCGAGUCAUGAGUUCUUUGCCUUUCUCCUCCGUUCUGCUUUUCCCGAACAAACCUCAGUGCCUCACGUUUUUGUAAAGAGUCUUGAGGAUUUGCAAGUUGGACCUAAUUUGUUGGCGGCUAAAUACACCCCGUGUGCAGAGAUUUACUCCACCUUUCCUUUGUCUCCAUAUAUAAACCGCUUAACGAAUAUCUAUUGAUUGUAUGCGGUAAAGUAUGACCUGUCAGCCUCCACGUUUUCUCCUGAUGGAAGAGUCUUUCAAGUUGAGUAUGCUAUGAAGGCUGUGGAAAACAGUAGUACAGCUAUUGGGAUCAGAUGUAAAGAUGGUGUUGUGUUUGGGGUAGAAAAAUUAGUCCUUUCUAAACUUUAUGAAGAAGGCUCCAAUAAACGACUUUUUAAUGUUGAUCGACAUGUUGGAAUGGCAGUCGCAGGUCUGCUGGCUGAUGCUCGUUCCUUAGCAGACAUAGCAAGAGAGGAAGCGUCCAACUUUAGAUCUAACUUUGGUUACAACAUUCCUCUCAAACAUCUUGCAGACAGAGUGGCCAUGUACGUACACGCUUAUACACUCUACAGUGCUGUUAGACCUUUUGGCUGCAGUUUCAUGUUAGGGUCUUACAGCGCGAAUGACGGUGCACAGCUCUAUAUGAUUGAUCCAUCUGGUGUUUCAUACGGUUAUUGGGGCUGUGCCAUUGGCAAAGCCAGGCAAGCUGCAAAGACAGAAAUAGAAAAGCUUCAGAUGAAAGAAAUGACUUGCCGUGAUGUAGUUAAAGAAGUUGCAAAAAUAAUUUAUAUAGUACAUGAUGAAGUUAAGGAUAAAGCUUUUGAACUAGAGCUCAGCUGGGUCGGUGAAUUAACUAAAGGAAGACAUGAAAUUGUUCCAAAAGAUAUAAGAGAGGAAGCAGAGAAAUAUGCCAAGGAAUCUUUGAAGGAAGAAGAUGAAUCAGAUGAUGACAAUAUGUAACAUUUUCUUCACUAUCUCUUCUGUUUAACAUUUCUGUGACAGUUUCAUAUGACUAGCACCAUGGAUCAUAUAUACCCACUGACCAAUUUUCAUUAAAUUUUUGUCUUAUAAACGUU